GUCCCAUUUCCCAGGAACUUGCUUAAGAAAAUGCGAAACCACGAUGGCGUCCCUGCGAAACCGUUCAGGAAAAAGCAGAAGCUGGCGGUCGUUCCGUAUAUACAUGUCUCGCAUGGGCGGAAGAAAGCAGCCAGUCAGGUCGGCGUGAAAAUGGCUUUUUGAGCACCUGAAAUGCUAAGCCGCCUGUGCGAGCUCACUGACCCUGUCGGUGAAAAACCGACGAGAGGGUGCCAGACAAAGCACCAGAACCAUUUUGUGCUCUGCGCAGAAGCAGUGGUGUGCGGUAUACCGCUGACCUGUGGCUUAAAAUAGAUCGGCCAGACAGUCCGGUGUGCAAAUGAUCGCUUAAGAGAGUACACACAAAACGUUGCACGGUACAGAGAUGAGCACCUGUCCACACAUUGCACUUGGCUCUACCUGAUCACCGUUAUGCUCAAAGUGCCGCGUAAUAUGUAAAUACGCGUUAUCCCUGUAACAAUAUUAACCUACCUAUUCUAAAUUAGUGGUUAAAUUUGUUAGCAUUUCAUAUAUUCUGAUAUAUCAGCUUGGGCUGCCUGAUCACUAGGCGUAUCCUCAAUAGUCAGUAUGGGCUGCCGCAGCAUAACGCUUUAUACCUACAUGCACCAACGUCUAAGUGAGCGCGGAGCCACGCGCUCUUUUAAUAAGCGUCGCCAGCUCUUUUUUACUUGGUUGACUAUAUGUAAGCACUUUCACGACGAAAUGCAUUUUAUGGUUUGAAACUCUGCAGUUUCACGGGAACCUUGUUUAUAAAAUGACAUCAGGUCGAUCUAGAACGUCCCUAGUACGUUUUUUUAUCGUGGACAACUUUCAGUUAUUCGUGAUAGGCUGAACAACUAACGGCAAUAAAAAAUUAAGCAGGGGAGAUAAUUAUUUUCAUUUUCACUUCAUUUCAUUAAACAAUUGACCUAUAGAUAACUUAUAUUGCUUAUAAAAAUAAAUCAAGCUAUCAUCUUUCCAGUGAAGAAAAAUAGUGGCCCGUAAUAAAAAAAAUUCUAAAUCUAGAAUUACUCGUUAGCGUAGAUGCUAGUGUAUCGUAAAGCUAAAACGUAUUGUCGUAUUGUAAGCGAAGGCAGCCGACCUAUGGCAAACUGCCCUUGCGAACGAAAGGCUUUGCGAAUUGGGCACUCGAUGUAUAUGCUGUAUUAUUUGCCGAUGACGUGCGCUUCCUCUAACAGAGCAAAAGUAGUUCUGGUUAUUCUGGAAUCGAUCGUUGAAGAGAGACGGCAGAUUUGCGCCGACCUCACGGAAUCGCAACAACAAACUUUCAACGAAGCUGUUUUCUAUCGAGCAGGUUCAAUGAUAGUUUCGUUUCUCUGUAAUUAAAUGGUGUGUGAGACGUACUCAAGUUAAUCCCGCAAUCCCAGGACUUCAGGGAAAGUCGGACCUGCCGUCAUAAACACCCAAGCAGCUUUCUUUAGCCCUCACGUACGAGAAAUACAGCGACUGCACACACGUCGAUACUGAUGGCUCAACUACAUCAACAAGUUCUCGUGGCGCUGUAGUUAUACCAGCAAGGAGAAUAAAUAACCCAACGGUUCCAGACUUCCCAUGCCACUACUUCUACAGCUGCAGAGCUCGCGGCUCCCCGCGGUUUACUUCAUAUGAUCAGCACAGAGAGUCCUGAUCCAGCACAGAGAGCAAUAAAAAGAAUAAUCGGGGGUUAGAUAAAUAUUUGCAAGUAUGAUAAUUAGACGAUAAGACGUUAAACUAUUUUCCCACAUCACCCUCAAUAUUGCUGUUAUUUCAACCGAAAGUGAAAGAGGUUUGACGUUAGGUUUUUUGAGCGCUUUGAGAAACACUCAGGCCAAUGGCGUCAUAACGCUUUCGAGAAUUCGCUAAAUAAACGUUUUAGAAAUGCUGUAAUUUAUCCACGCGCAUUAAAUUCCGCAUGCACGUUUCUAAUAAUGUUUCCUUCAUAUUCGUUGAUGUUGGUAGCAACAAUAGUUCACCCAGGAGGGCCGGAUAAAUUCUUCGCCAUUGUUAAAGCCCAUAACGCUCCAGAGCGCUUGCACACGUGGUAUAUACUGAGAAGGCUGUGAUUAUCCGACACUCCUUAAACUUAUUUUUAGAAAUAACUCAUGACCUGCCCUCUACUACGAAAAUAUGCGAGCAAGGUGUCUUUUCUUGUUCACGGACGACACCACGGUCACUUCGCAUAAAUCAACAAUGCAGGUAGAAAUCGAAAGUUCAGUAAAUAUUUUCUCCACACGACUCGAGUUUCAACAUGUUUCCGGGGAACCAGACCAUGCCGUUUCGCUUUAAAACAAUUUUUUUUUCGCAAUACUGACUGCUGUAUUACGCGCCGCUUCAUUGGAUUUACGAUAGGCUUCUUUUGUUCUCAUUCACAUGUCUUGUUUUGUUCUCGUAAUACCACCCGAGUCUCCGCCCUGUAUCCCCCCGCGCAGUAGGGUUGCGCCAUUUCCGGAGAAAAUUCCCAUCGUCAUCAUCUUACGCGCGAGCCCCCCGAGAAGAAAGCCGACACCGAGCACGCCAGUGCAGCGGCCAUGUCUCAGGAGCUCGCUCGCGGUGGCCCGUCAUCCGGCGUUCCGGAGCCGUGCCGGGCCCCUAUGCGCGAUCGCCGCUACUCGUUUGGGUUCGCGCUGCUGCGCAGCAAAAGGGCCAGCACCGACGACGAGGGCACGCAGGCCAGGACCACCGAGUCGCGGAUCCAGCGCGGCUACGACACGGGCCUCUUCCUGCCCGAGGAAGCCUGGCGCUCGGACAACAUCGACCGGCUCAACCGCACCACGUUGCCCACGGACUUCACGCCGCCCUUCCGGCGCUACGAGCGGACGCUGACGCUGCGCUACCUGGAGGAGGACGUGUCCACGCUGAGCAACGAGGAGUACCUCUCGUCCCAGACGCUCAUCAAGCUGCGCCUGGUGCUCGGCUGGUUGGCGCUGCUUGCCCCGCUGCCGUUGCUCAUGCAACCGGCACCGGCUUUUCACUGCCUCUACGUGGUGGUCACGACAAGCUUGCUGUGGAUCUUGCGCCCUGUGCCUCUCUGCGUGGCAGCCCUCUUUCCCGUCGUCGCCCUGCCGCUGAUCGGGGUGCUCAGUACGGACAGCGUGUGCGCAUUCUACUUCAACGAGAGCAUCCUCCUGUGCCUGACGAGCUCCCUGAUGGCGGCGCUUGCCCAGCGUCAGGGCCUCCAGCGCUGGCUCACCGUCGCCUGCCUGCGGUGUCUCGGCGGAAGCCUGCGCUGCCUGCUGUUCUCCCUGAUGGCGACCACCGCGCUGAGCGCCAUGCUCUUGAGCGCGCCGGCGGCCGCCUACGGAGCCAUACCCGUGGCCGAGACGCUGGCCAAGGAGUUCCAGCGGAAGCCGCCGCAGCCAUCCUCGGCGGUCGCUGCCACCGGUCACGCCAACGACGCCGAGCCAAAUCCCGGGUUUGCUGGACAGUCAGCAGAGGACCUCUCCUUGGGGGAAGAGUGUGCUGACAGCAUUCGGAAGGUGCUCCUGAUUGCUGUGGUGCUUUCCGCCAUCAUUAGCGCCCCUGCUUGUCUGACUGGAGCCUCGGCAAACAUGUUCCUGAAGGGCUUUCUUGAAAUAGAAGGAUACCCGGAUUUGGUUACGUUCUCCAACUGGAUCACAGCCAACACCAUCUGCGUGACCGCCAACAUCACGGGCCUAUGGCUGUUCUUCGUUUUCUUAUAUAUUCGAAAAAUAGAAAGAGUGGAACCAGGCUUCCAAGAGGCAAUGCGGACCGCCGUUCAUGCCGUCGUUUCGACGGGGACCGAACGCGUGAAGCCAAGAGAAGGAGUCGUGAUUGUGAUAUACGCAGUGGUCCUCUUGAUGGUGUACUUUGAGUGGUCAGACUACGGGCUUGGCUUGGCAAAGUUUCUUGGCCUGACCAAAUGGAUCGACGAAACGACGCCCUUCGUCGUUGCGCUUAUCCUCGUGCUCAUUAUUUUACCGUCUGUGGCGUCCAGCGGCUACGAACGAAUUGCGUUUUGGUCGGACGUGGAAAUGUCCAUACCGUGGAGCACGCUGCUCGUCAUGGGUUCGGGAUUCGCUCUCACCAAGGCAAUGCAGAAGACGUCCCUGGUGUCCUUCCUGUCGUCCAGCGUCCCAACAAGGCCGCAGAUGUCACUCACUUUCCUGCAGGUGGUGCUGUGCAUCGUGGUCUCCCUGGGCGCCGAGUUGCGCGGUGGUGUCGCGCUGUGCUGCAUCAUCUCACCCUUUGUGCUCAAGCUGUGCGAAUCGUUUCACUGGCAUCCCCUGAGGCUUCUCAUACCCGUCACGAUGUGCUGCUCCAUGGGGCUCUUUUUCUCGGUAACCUCGCCGGCCAACAACCUGCUCAUGGCCAAGGAGCGCAUAAAUCUCAGCAACCUGGCAGUGUCCGGCUUGUUCGCCCACCUCAUUUUCGUGACCACGGCCGUAACCAUGACGAACACCAUAGUCCCGACAGUGUUCAAUAUAACCACUCAGCCGUUUAGAGGGAAUCCGUGAGCCGCGCGGGAUCGUGCGUUGUGCGUUUUCACAUAAAACCGACUUUCUCCGCUUGUUGUGGGACAAUUAAGCAACAAGGAUGGCUUGAUGCUCGCUUUUGUUUUCAACGGACGCGAAUGCGCGAAACUGACCCCAAACAUUGCUGAGAAUAGUGCCAAUGAGACGUAUCAUAUCGAACAUAGGAACAAAAGUUUAAUCUAGGCUGCAUCACCUAGCAUGAUAGCAGCCUGUUUUAGAACACACGCACACAGUAAGUUCUUGAGAUCCUCAGGCAUCGAUGUGAGUUCGUGUGCGUGAUUUUGCAUUUUUUCAAAAACACAUGUAAUGGCCUCUGCAUGAUAUGAGCGUAGACAAUCAUGCGGGCACGAAAGUACGCGUUACCGGACGUAGUUUAACGGCUUGUGCAGCCGUUACCUAGCCGAAGUACUCUGCAGUCUGCGUGUAGAUGCCUUUGGAAUCAUUGUAUUAAUGUUAAUGUUUGUGAAUGAGGCACAGCGCUUGUUCUUUAGGCGACUCGGUCGAUUUUUCUAGGUCAGUGGUUCUCAAUAACGUUCAUUCUGCGUGUUUUCUUUCUCACUUUGAUUAUCUGUGCUAAACGGUGCAAGUAAUAGUUGUAAGGUUUCAGCGAAAAAUACAUUUUUAAGAUCGUCA